CUCCCAUUGCAAUUUGCAAGUGCCCUUACCCAAAAUUUAUUUAAAUCAAUUCUAUAACCCGAAAACAAAAAUGGGCUAUCUCACAAAGGCAGGCAGGCCCUAAUGCCCUAUUAUUUUCAAAAACCACUCCCCCAUUUCAAAAUGAGCCCAAUAACGCACUGCCACUGCAACCAGCCCAUCAACUCCGCAUUGCCGCCUUCUUCCGAACCCACAACCCCCGGCGGCCGGCGGCGGGUCUGAUUGACCCCCUCUCCGAAAACCACGCUGUAACCAUGAUUCAAAACAAAUCUCUGAAAGAUUCAGCCCAAAUUUCAUUUAGGAAAUCGGGUCACAUGUUGCUCCAAACCAUGUCUAAAUCCAGUGGCGGAAGGCGACCGAAGAAGAAAAUUUACCACAGAGUUCGGGAAUUGGACCGAGUAAUGGAUCUCCAGAAGAAGCCGGCGCUGAUUCUCAGACUAAAAUCCAUAAUCGAAUCUCAGAGAAACCAGUGCCUCCUUCUCAGAGACCUCGAGAAGGAAGUAGGGUUCGUUCAGAAAUGGAAUUACAUAAAUGCCAUCGAAAGGUACCCUAUGAUUUUCUAUGUCAGUAGUGAUAAUGGAAGUCCCCCUGCUGUUAUGCUGAGCAAAAAAGCUAGAGAAAUUGCAGGUGAAGAAGGGAAAGUGAGACUGGAAAUGGAACCCAUUCUGGUCAAGAACUUGCGCAAAUUGUUGAUGUUAUCUGUUGAUUGUAGGGUACCUUUAGAAAGCAUUGAUUUCAUUCAAGAUGAACUGGGGUUACCUCGCGAUUACAAGGACUCUUUGAUCUCAAAAUACCCAGAGUUUUUCCUUGUGAAGCCUUUUAAUGGCAGAGAAUAUCUGCACUUGGAGAAUUGGGAUUCCUCAUUGGCUGUUACUGCCAGGGAGAAGGGUUUGGUGUUCAAGAACCCGGCAAGAACAUCCAAGGACAUGGAUUUUUAUGGCCCGUUUGCGUUUCGUUUGAGUUUCCCACCUGGUUUCAGGCCAAACAAGAGUUACCUUGAGGAAGUUGGGAAAUGGCAGAAGAUGGAAUUCCCAUCUCCUUACUUGAAUGCAAGAAGGUUUGACAUCUCUGAUCCGAAGGCCCGAAAGAGAGUGGUGGGGGUGCUUCAUGAACUGCUGAGUUUGACCAUGGAGAAGCGGUUGACCUCCGCUCAGAUCGACGCUUUUCAUUCUGAGUACCGAUUGCCAGCCAAACUGCUGCUUUGCUUGAUCAAACACCAUGGUAUGUUUUACAUUACUAAUAAAGGUGCAAAGAGUACUGUUUUCUUGAAAGAGGCUUACAAUGGGUCUGAUUUGAUUCAUAAAUGCCCUCUUUUGGUGUUUUGGGAUAAAUUCAUUGCGCUUACGGGUAGAAGGGAUAUAAAUUCAUCUACUGAUUUUCAUCAAAAGUUACCGCACGGAUUGUGUUAGUUUGACACUAUGGAUUGUCCAUUCAUCCGUUAACGGAAACUUGUACAAUUUAGCUUCCAAGAGGUGAAAGUUAAUGAAAAUGAGAAGAGGAA